AAUGCCGCAAGUGUUAAGGAAGUUGCUAAGAAACAGUUGAUUUGGUUCAAAUUGAACAAUUUUGGCUGGUAGAAAUUGUGUUGUUGUUAUUUUUUGACACCGAGACGUUUAUCACACACCUUGUCAGCUGCGUCAAUUAAUAUUUCUAAACUCUUUCGUGGUUACCACAGCAGGUAUUUUGCGGCCAUGGCUGUGGACUGGAUUGGGUAUGGUUAUGCUGCUUUGGUGGCAGCAGGAGGAGUGAUAGGUUUCCUGAAAGCAGGUAGUGUCACCUCUCUGGUCGCAGGCCUCGUGUUUGGUCUGCUGGCUGCGGCCGGCGCUUAUCUGGCAUCUCAAAAUCCCAAGAAUGUCUGGCUUUCACUCGGCACCACAGGGACUCUGACGCUGGUGAUGGGAUUUAGGUUUCUCAGCUCCUGGAAGUUCAUGCCGGCCGGUUUGGUAACUUUAGCGAGUGGACUGAUGCUGGCAAAGAUCGUCAAUGAGAUGCUAAAGAGGAGAUCGCGCAAGGAGUGAACCUAUUUAAAUAAACGUUUCAGGAUGUCUGCAAAUAC